AUGAAGAUCAUUUAGCUUAGAUUCAAGAAUUAUUGGGUAAAUUUCCUUAUGACUAUGGAACAUGAGGAGCAAAAGCUAAAGUAUGAAUAUAAAUUAAAUAAAUCGAUACCCUUCUCAGAAUGGAGUAAUGAAGAGAAUUCAACAUUUACAUUUCUGGAAUUUAUAUAUUGUUUUGUCUGAGAAAUAUAGAUUCAAGAAUUAAGAAGCUUUGUCAUUCUUUUCAUUUAUUUACCAAUGUUAUAUUAGAUGCCAGAGUAUCGUACAACUGCUUAGGAAACACUUAUGAGAGAAUUAUGUUGUAAUGUGAGUAGCGGAUAUGUUUUGAAAUGUUAUAUAGAUCAAGUGUUCCAAUUCUAAAAUUUCAGAGAAUAUAUUGGAUUAUCUUGUUUACUUAAAAGUCAGUUAGGUCGAUUAUUUCAAUAUGCUAAGGAAAAAUUAGAGUCUUCUAUAUCCCAUUUAUAUAUUAGUCAUCAAAUGACAAUCCUGCUAAUUUUAAAAACUUCCAAAUAUUAUAACAACCUCUACUCAGUAAGGGUACUUAUUUAUUUCCAACUGCUUUUUUAGCUAUAGCUUACUAUUCGACAAAAACUACAAACACUUUUUAAAUGAUAUGUUGGCUUUUUGUUUAGAUUGAAACUACUGUUGAUAGAACUAAUGCAGGGAAAUGUUUUUUGAUGAACAGGUCCACAUCAGCAGAAACUUAAUUAUUGCUUGCUAAUAGCUUAAAUUAUAGAAUUCUAGAGGACAUAAAAUCAAAGGCAGUGUUGAUUAUUUAUUACCUCAUAUUCUGCUUAAGUUUAUAAUCGAUAAUACUUCUACAAAACAGUUAAAGGAGUCAAAAAUCUUAUUAUUUCUGUAACAUUUUAAGAAGUAAAUUGUCAAAUUUUGACAGUAUAUCUUUAUUCUUCCAUCCAUUAAUUUCUAAAUAAACUCAAUAUGGAAUAGUUUUGUAUAAAAAAGCAAUAAUUAUCAUAAUACAACCAGUAGUAACGAUAUAAAUGCAGUUUUUGUUAUAUUUUUGGAUUUAUCUGAUUGAUAUUUGA